AUGGGGAACCAGGAAAUGGCAGAAGUGUUCAAUAAAUACACUACACCAGUCUUCACAGUAGAAGCCGCUUGUAGCUUUUCAAAAUUGUUUAAAAGCGAAAAGGCAAGGCUUCACUCAGUCAGCGCACUUGCUGCAAAAUCAGCGAGUUCACAGUGGGGAGAAGCCGUUCACUGCUCUGUUUGUGAGAAGGGCUUUACUGAUUUGUCCAACCUGCUGAGACACAAGCAGGUUCAUACUAAUGAGAGACCUUUUAAAUGUGCAAACACUGGGAAGUGCUGUAAAAGUUCCAGGGAACUGACACGCCAUCAAAGUGCUCAUACAGAUGAGAGACCAUUCAAGUGCUCUCACUGUGAGACUGGGUUUAAGCAUUCAUCUGAACUCGCUCUACAUCAAUGCACUCACACUGGAGAGAAGCCAUUCAUCUGCUCUGUGUGUCAGAAGAAGUUCACACAAUUAUCUCAUCUUCAGUCACACCAGCGAGUUUACACUGGGGAGAUACCAUAUGCCUGCUCCAAGUGUGAGAAGAAAUUUGCUCAUUCAUCCCAUCUGGUGAGACACCAGCGAUGUCACAAGUAG